AUGUCUUAUCUUCCCCAUAUUUCAGAUUCAGAACGGAGUUACACAAUGUCUCCUCUUCAAUACAUAAGAGGUGACUUGUUUUCCGCUGUAUCUUCAUCCAAAACGACCAUCUUGGCACAUGCCUGCAAUCCAUUUGGUCUGUGGGGAGGCGGAAUAGCCAAUCAGUUUCGGCUGAGAUAUCCUGAGGCCUAUAAGUCAUAUAAAAGCCACUGUAAGGAGAAUCACGAUUUAUUGGGAUCAUGUGCUCUCAUUGAAAGUGGUUCCGGUGGACCGGUUGUUGCGUGCUUGUUCACAAGUGACUUCAAUAAUACACCAGCCGAGAUAUUAUCCUAUACUAAAACAGCUUUGGACGAUUUGAAGCGGCAGCUUGGAAGUAUGAAAAACGUGGAGAAAACUGACUCGGGUCACCCGAUCGUGAACAUGCCUCAGAUCAAUAGUGGGAUUUUCAAUGUGCCUUGGGAGGGGACAGAAGCAUUGCUCGAGGAGUGUCAGGAUUUGUCUUUCAAAGUUUACGUUCUUGAUUAA